GAGGCCGCAGCGUUGUGUAGCUGUCUAGCUCUCCAGCCUCCCCUGCUUUCCACCUCUUCUUGCUCAUCCCGCUUUAGGAGCUGUCGCUAUGGUGGCGGUGCUUAGGCCUUGGUCCGUCAUGGUCACAGUGCUGCUAGUCCUGCUCGCCUGCCUGGGAGCGCUGGUGGACGCCUAUCCCAUCAAACCCGAGGCUCCGGGGGAAGACGCCUCCCCGGAGGAGCUGAGCCGUUACUAUGCCUCCCUGCGCCACUACCUCAACCUGGUCACCCGACAGCGGUAUGGGAAAAGAGAAGUCCCGGAAGCUCUAUUCUCCAAACUGCUCUUCACCGACGAUGGCGAGAACCUCCCCGUCCGGUCUCGGUCAGAAGGUGCCUACCAAUGGUGAAAACCCCAAGUCCUCCUUCGUGAUGUGCUAACUAUACCGACUUCAUUUGCAUAUUUGGUUCAAAGAGGGGACUCCAUAUCUUGGUGUCCCGGGUGCCCAGGCUUGAAGGCUGUGUUCAUUGCCCUGUCCCUAAAUAAAAAGCAAA